UUAACCACUUCCCGUCCGACCCAUGUUUAUAAACAGCCGGACGGGAGCAGUGCAGGAGCGGGUGGCCAUUUAUAAACUGCCUCCCCGCCCCCUGCUUGUGUGCGCUUUCUGGGAGCACGCAGCACCGCGAUUUGGUGCCCGCUGUGUCCUCUGUGUGAGGUCCUGAUCAUGUGAUCACUGAUUGGCCAAUCAGUGAUCACUUCUGACAUUGUUGCUUACUACAUGUGAAAUCUGUGAAUGAUCACAGAGGUCACAUGGUACAAGGCUAUUCCCAACAGCCUUGUACCAUGUGACAAGCUGUGACCAAUCACAGCUCACA